AUGUCGAGAUUCUACAGCCCACACAACAUUGAUCCGGUGAGAAUUUGGGCUGGAAUUCUGAAACAAGCUGAUUUCCAGGAUCAACCGAUCACCCUGUAUUGUCUCCCGGUCAAAGUUGUCAUCGGAUUCGUCCAAGCGUUCUUCACCAUUUUCUGGGGAAUAGCGGCGUUUUAUGCGACGGGAGGAGUUGUUGUGCCAUUGGCGAUUAUGGUGAGAGGAGAAAAUGACAGAAAUUUUGGGAUUUCUUGUUGAAAAUCCGCAAGUUUUGCAGGCAAUGAUCAAUGCGGUGUUCUUCUUGAGCUUCGCCACUGAUAUUCUCCCAAUGAUGAUUGUCCACUUCGUGAUUCAAUCGAUUUUCAUCGUUUUUCCCAUUGGAUUCGUCAUUUGCUCUUUGAUUUAUACACUUGGUCGGUUUUUCUUUGAAAAUCUGAAGGAAAUGGUUCCCAAAUUCAACAAAAAUCGUUUGAAAGCAGUCAUUUUGAAUGAUUUUUGAUGGAAAAUGACCCCGUAAACGUGGAGUAUCGUUUGAAAUGCUGAAAACUACGAUACUCCACGUUUACACCUUGAAAAUUAUGGAAAAUUGAAUUUUCAAACGAUACUUCGCGUUUACACAGUCAUUUUUCAUGAUUUUUGAUGGGAAAUGACUCUGUAAACGUGGAGUAUCGUUUGAAAUGCUGAAAACUACGAUAUUCCACGUUUACACCUUGAAAAUGAUGGAAAAUUGAAUUUUUUAAAUUUUCAAACGAUACUUCGCGUUUACACAGUCAUUUUUUAUGAUUUUUGAUGGAAAAUGACCCUGUAAACGUGGAGUAUCGUUUGAAAUGCUGAAAACUACGAUACUCCACGUUUACACCUUGAAAAAUGAUGGAAAAUUGAAUUUUUCGAAUUUUCAAACGUUGCUCCGCGUUUACACAGUCAUUUUUCAUGUUUUUCAGUGAAAAAUGACCCUGUAAACGUAGAGUAUCGUUUGAAAUGCUGAAAAAAACUACGAUUUUACACGUUUACAGCUUGAAAAUUAUGGUGAAUUGAAUUUUUAGAAUUUUCAAACGUUGCUCCGCGUUUACACAGUCAUUUUUCAUGAUUCUUGAUGGAAAAUGACUCUGUAAACGUGGAGUAUCGUUUCAAAUGCAAAAAACUACGAUACUCCAUGUUUACACCUUGAAAAAUGAUGGAAAAUUGAAUUUUUCGAAUUUUCAAACGUUGCUCCUCGUUCACACAGUCAUUUUUCAUGUUUUUCAGUGGAAAAUGACCCUGUAAACGUGGAGUAUCGUUUGAAAUGCUGAAAACUACGAUACUCCACGUUUACACCUUGAAAAUUAUGGAAAGGUGAAUUUUUUGAAUUUUCAAACGUUGCUCCGCGUGUACACAGUCAUUUUUCAUGUUUUUCAGUAGAAAAUGACCCCGUAAACGUGGAGUAUCGUUUGAAAUGCAAAAAACUACGAUAUUCCACGUUUACACCUUGAAAAUUAUAGAAAAUUGAAUUUUCAAACGAUACUUCGCGUUUACACAGUCAUUUUUCAUGUUUUUCAGUGGAAAAUGACCCUGUAAACGUGGAGUAUCGUUUCAAAUGCAAAAAACUACGAUGCUCCGCACAUACACUUUCAUGUUUUUGAGUGGAACAUUUCAAACGUUGCUCCAAAAAUCGUGAUCUCAGAAGCUGAAAACUAGCUCGAUUUUUUGAAAUUUUCGAACUUUGCCACGUCAUAACUCAUGUGAGCUCUGCAUUUUUCAGACGGCGAAAUCGUGGAUCAAAAAUUUAGAGUGAAAUUAGAAAAAAUAACUAAAAUUUUGCAGGAUACGCCGCUGCUUACGGUUGGUUUGCCUCAAUCAACAAGGAACUUUCCAACGAGAUUUCCACCUCCUUCAAAGGCUAUUCACCACUCUGGACUCUUUUUGUGUCGAUUUUCAACUUGGCUGGUAAGAUUUUCUUACAAAAUUCAAAAAUUCCCCUGAAAUCCCCCCAUUUUCCAGUCUACAUCUACUACAUGAACUUGGUCUACGUUCAAAUGCGCCACGUCGAACUCAAAAGAUACCUUUUGCGCGCGGAACCCGACUUCGAAACCACUCAAGGACUCUUCCAACGCGACGAAACUGCGUAUGAUGGAAAUGAGAGAGGAGUCAACGGCAAUCAUAUUCCAUUCAAUUCGAUUUAUCCGAAAUUGUGA